AUGACUCGGCUGUUAGUUCCUUUUGUACUUGCGACUUUUGCAGGGCGCGUCGUAUGCACGCCUAUUGCCGAGCCUGCCAUCACCAACGCACCCGAUAUUGCGAAGAGAGCAACAAGCUGCACGUUUUCUGGUUCUUCUGGCGCAUCAAGUGCUAGCAAGUCCCAAAAAUCCUGCUCAACCAUCAUUCUUUCUGACGUGGCUGUUCCUUCUGGUACAACUCUCGAUCUCAGUGAUCUUGAGGAUGACACUACGGUCAUUUUCGAAGGUCAGACCACCUGGGGCUACGAGGAAUGGGAUGGGCCUAUGCUCCAAAUCUCAGGCACCGGUAUCACUGUGAAGGGAGCGAGUGGUGCAUAUCUGAACCCUGACGGUGCACGCUGGUGGGAUGGUGAGGGAAGCAACGGUGGAAAAACGAAACCCAAGUUCUUCUACGCCCAUGACCUUACCGAUUCUACGAUCACUGAUCUGUAUAUCGAGAAUACCCCGGUCCAGGCUGUGAGCAUUAAUGGCUGUGACGGCCUGACCAUUACUGAUAUGACCAUCAACAAUGAAGCUGGCGAUGACGAGGGUGGUCAUAAUACAGAUGGGUUUGACAUCGGCGAUAGUACCAAUGUUGUUAUCACGGGAGCCGAGGUGUACAAUCAAGAUGAUUGUGUUGCUGUGAAUUCUGGAACGGAAAUCACUUUCAGCGGCGGAAUUUGCUCCGGCGGCCACGGACUCUCUAUCGGAAGCGUGGGCGGCCGUAGCGAUAAUACAGUUGACACUGUCACCUUCUACAACAACGAAGUUAAGAGUUCUACCAAUGGUAUCCGCAUUAAGGCUACAGAGGGCGAUACCGGCGAGAUAAAAGGUGUCACUUAUUCUGAGAUCACACUUUCAGAUAUUUCCGAUUAUGGCAUUCUCAUUGAACAGAAUUAUGAUGGUGGAGACCUUGAUGGUGGUACACCAACGAGCGGUAUUCCCAUCACCAAUUUGAUUAUUGAGAAUAUCUCCGGAGCAGAUGCUGUCUCCUCUGAUGGUUACAAUAUUGUUAUUGUGUGUGGUAGCUCUGGUUGCUCCGACUGGACUUGGAGCGAUGUCGAUGUCACGGCUGGCAAGACAUAUGGAGACUGUGAGAAUGUCCCGAGUGUUGCAAGUUGCUCUUAA